AGAGGUUGGCAGACAGCUUAAAUCACAGCCCGGAGUGAUGCAGGGACCGGGACAAAGUCGGUGGGUACCAAAGACGGCCAUUGCCGCUCCUAAACCCUUCACAGGGGAUAAGAGGGGCGAAGACCUCGACACUUGGUUGAGGGCAGUGUCAGUUUAUGUCAAGUGCAAACUUACCUUGCCGCACGAGGAAGUGCUUGUGGCUGCCUCCUCUUUAGAGGGGAGUGCAGCACGAUGGUUGAGUGGUUUAGUGCAGCUACAAGGGAAUCAGUUGGCAGGUGAGGCCAACAUCAAUAUGCACAACUUUCCCUCGUUCAACAAGAAGGCCCUAGACCUAGAGGCGAGGAUAGGGCAUGGACAUAACCCCAUGACGGAUGGAAGGAAGAAGACACUACCUCCCAACUGGAAGGCAAAGGGUCACAUUAUGUUUGUUGAUAAUGAUGGUUCAACCAUCGAGUCAAAUGACAACUUCCAGGAGGGAGUAGGUUCAAAGGCUGGCAACGUAGAAGCUUCUGGGGGUGGAGUAGUCGCUGCCGUAGCGCAAAAAGGAAUGGUAGUUGUUCUUGCUAGGGUCGAGGUGGUGGACACACCCUCACCAUCUCGAGAGAUGGCCCAAGCUACUAACUCCAUCGUCGUCUCGCAAACACGUUCAGACCCAUCGAGCCUGUGUUCGAUGAAUGUAUUUGAGUCCUUAGAGGAGCUAGAGGAGGAGUGGUCUAAAACAGACCCUCUAGCUUCUUGGACGGCAUUGGUCAAAGCCCCUAAGGGUGAGAUGUUUAUCAGCGAGGUGGUCAUUGGCAGCCGCAAGGCCGGGGACUAUUAUGACACUUGCUUGACACGGAAGUUCAUUAGUCGCGCGUGCGUUGAGAGGCUGCGCUUACAGGGGCAAGUGCAGUGCCUAAGUCGACCAGUGAAAUCGACCUGUGCCAACAAACAGUGCAUGGUAGUCAACGACUACCUCCAGGAUGUUGAGUGUUAUUUCCCAUACGCGGGAGGGGAACUGAGACAUCGUAUCUCGUUCCUAGUGAGCGAUGAACUCCCCAUGGAUAUCUUGUUAGGUAUGUACUACCUCUCUGUGGCACAGCCCCAGUUGGACUGGGACCGAAAAGUGGUCAAACACACUUUGCCAGGUGAAGGGACCGCCAGAUUACGUAAGUUCAAAGCUAGUAGUCUGAUUGAGUCCUAUGGAUGCAUGUGUGCGGCCGCGUUCUAUAAUUACUAUAAGCAAAAUCAGGAGGCGGGUAUGUAUCUAGUUUAUGUCUCUGUUGCAGGCAAGCAGGUGAAAAUGUCGUCGGAGAUAGAGGGAGUAGUUGCCAAAUACCCUGAUGUAUUUGAAGAGCCGACAGGGGUUGUUGAGAGGGAGGUCGUCCACGCGAUAGAGAUUAUCCCAGGAUCUAGCAUUUCGAAGGGUAGGAUCUAUCGGAUGUCUCCAAGUGAGCUUGAUGACCUUCGCCGGCAACUUAACGAACUCGUAGAAAAGGGUUGGAUCCGACCGUGUUUCUCCUUAUGGGUCUCUAGUCUUAUUUGUACCCAAGAAGGAACACUUAGGAUGUGCAUUGAUUAUAGGGGCCUCAAUGCCAUUAUUGUCAAGAACAGAGAGCCCCUACCGCACAUCGAUGACUUGUUAGAUAGAGUGCAAGGGUGUCGGUACUUCAGUAAGAUAGAUUUGAAGUCCGGGUACCAUCAGAUUGCAAUCCGGCCCGAGGAUCAACACAAAACCGCUUUUCAGACCAGGUACGGUCUGUACGAGUUCGUGGUGAUGCCUUUCGGCCUUUGCAAUGCUCCUGGCACCUUUCAACACGCUAUGAAUCGGAUAUUUCAUGACUACUUGGAUAAGUUUGUCAUCGUGUACCUCGAUGACAUACUUAUUUUUAGUAAGACUGUCGAGGAGCACGUUGCGCACUUGGACAAAGUCCUUAGUCUUCUGCAACAACACAAGUUCAAGAUCAACGGUGAGAAGUGUGAGUUUGGCCGCACCCGUGUCUUGUACUUGGGUCAUGAGAUUUCCGCGGAGGGAUUAAAGCCCGAUGACGCGAAGGUGGCCAACAUUCGUGACUGGCCGCGUCCUCAGUCUGUGACUGAGAUGAGGUCUUUCUUAGGGAUGACCGACUACAAUCAGGUCGACUGGGACGAGAAUCUUGCUCUCAUCGCUUGCUCUCAUCGCCAGUAUGUAUAACAAUGCUGUGCACAGCGCCACCGGAGUGAGCCCUAACAGUCUACUACUGACCUUCAAACCUAGACUGCCUCUAGACUUCUUACUACCUGAAAAUCAGUCAACUGUUGCACCCGGUACUUUGGAAUUUGCAUACCGAUAUGAGCAGAAGAUGCAGCACGCAGUGGAACAAAUGCAAAAGGCUCAG